AUGGGUCUCCUCAACUGGCUAAGGUCCGGUGUGACCGCUCCGACGAAAUCGAAGGUGGUUGUAUCAGAUUUGAUAGACAUCGCUGUCCCCGGUAGUUGGCCAUCUGCUAGACCCGCUGUCGUGUCCGAUACUAGCAACACAGAUGUGAAUGAUGUCAAGCAUGCCGCCGACACCACCAAGUUCCCACAGCGUCUCGACACGAGAACUUCCACCGGGCAGACCCUUGACGACUUCGAAGCGACUCAAGCCACUUCUGCGCAAGCAAAGCAUCCGCUUCGUGGUGUGAAGAAUGAUCGUUACGACAUUUACCGGAAGUGGGCAGCAGAGUCCAGAGCGCAGAAAGAAGUAGGACUGGCGAAACCCGCGGUCGAGUCAGGCAAGGAGAUGAAGUUGAAGCGCAAGGCUCAUGAUGAGGUCCCGCCGGGCACAGAGAAGAAGAAGGUCAGGUUCGUAGAAGGUCACACGGAGUUGAGAGAGUCUGGCGUUCAAAAGAGUCUUAUCCUGAAGCAAGUUGGCAACAUUGGCAAGAAGCGCAAGGCAGGAGACGCGAUCGACUCUGUCCCUGUCAAACGUCAACUUGUCGAUCCGAGCCAGCCACCACCACUCAACGAAGCAAAAAUUCGACAAGCCAGAAAACAAGCUUCGCGCCCAAUGAUAGAAGAAAGGUUGACCUUCCAGAAGUGGCGCGAGAAUCAGCUACGUGCAGCGUGUGGCCAGGAGAUCGUGGAUCAAGUGAGGAAGGAGGAGGUCGCAGAAGCGAAGAAGUCAGAAGUCGUUCAGCCCGUGCCUCAUCUUGUAGUCACUAGCUACGAUGAUGAGCAACUGGAAGCUGCCAGAGCGGCCGAGGCUAGGUUGAAGGCUGUUGAGACAGAGCUGCGAUCAACACAAGCCAAGCUGUUGUCAACCACUGCAUCUCUGACGGCAACAGAUGGAGCACUGAGCGCCAGUAAAAAGAGCUUGGAGGCUGCACAGAGAUUGCUUGCCGACGUCACGUUGGCUGAGGUCGUUGCGCCGGGUAGUGGAGAGCAGAAGUCAGUCGAUGGUGAGGAUACUGUGGAGACUUCGCUUGAUGAGCAGCAUUUCCAGCCCAGCGCUCAGGCUGGUCGAUCUGGCGACCAGACCAUCGACGACACUGCAAGCGUUGUUGGCGCUGAGCAGACACGAUCCGACACCUUGGAAAGCCACCACAACGGCGUCUUUGGCGCUUCAAGUAUCGCCACGCCGGAGCAGCUUGGCAAUCCCGCAGGUCAUCUGACCCAUAUCAAUACUGGGCUUGGCAAUGCAAUUACACCACGAAUUCCGCCGCCGCCGAUCGCACUAUCUCAGCUUCUGCCAAACGGUAGUGGAUUCUGGCUUGGGCAGCCAUCAGCGCCUACAGUGCCUGCCCCAGAUGCAUUUGAUGACUUCGUCGAGGCGCGCACAGCAGAUGAGAUCGCCAGAAGAGAAGAUGCUGCACGCGGUGGUGUUGAGCCGUUGUCGACGGAUGAUGCUGGCCCUGUCGCUACGGCUGUCUCACCAGAGUCCGCGGACCCAAUGGACCUGGAUCGGCCGUUGUCGACAGAUGUUGAGCCGUCUCAGCGGGAUCUCUCGGUGGCCCCGAAAACGAGAUGGAUGCCGCCCACUGAGCCUAGAGCGAUGCGCAUACAGGCAGCACUCAAGGCGCAUCUCGAGCGUCACAAAGCCAGAAGCGUUCAUUCGGGCUCGAAAGUGGACAACCGUCCUGACCAGUUGGCGGACCGUAUGCCAUCAGAGUCCAUGGUCCUGGAUAAUGAAGACGAACAUAUGGCAGACGGCGAGCAUCGGUCUCCACAUCCGACAGCCGUGCAUCCUCGUGAGGUUGACAUGCUGUCGCCAACUUGGCUUAGCGAUGGUGUUGACGGGCACAACCUGUCCUCCGAGAUGGACGUAGAUGUGCAGCCAAGGAUUCAACCGAGUCCGGAGACCGAGUACGUACAGAGGACGGCUUUUCACCAGCCUCGAUUUCAAUCUGGAAUGACUGGUCGUAGACUGGACGCUCCACGUGCUGCGUCAAGCCAAGGCAUACGAGAAGCUUUGGACGAGGAUGUGCUCGACAGCAUAGAGCCAGACGAGAUCUCCUCUCUAGACGACGAGAAAUCGUCCCUAGAGGACGAGAGGAGGGAGAAUGCGGCGAAGCGCAUGAAGGCGAAAGGGUAUGACGCACCUCGCUCGGAGUCUCUCAUCCCAUUUCGGCUCGAACAAGAUCAUGUUAACGGCUAUCGUUUCCUGGGUGCCCAUGGUCGUCGUGCCGGCAAUGAUGACGGUCGGCCCGGCGAUGCUCAUUCCAAACGCCGAGGGGAGCGCGAUAGCCUUGGCGACAUCAUGCCACGUGCUUUCCGCAAUGCUCUCAGGCCCGCCAGGGACGGCAGACUCCCUAACGAUCGUUUCGAUGGCUUACGCAGCCUUUGA